AUGGUGUGCAACAACCAAGAGCUGGAGACGCCCACCGGCCAUUCGUGGCCACCGCCAGUCUUGAAAAAACCUGCGGCCUCUACGCGCACCCAGCAGAAGCGCGAAGAAGAUGAAGAGCGGAAACCCUCCGAGCGCUCGUCCACCGGCGCGUCGUCCUUGGCCCUGGACUCCUCAGUCUCGUUCGACCUUGAAGCCGACGACAACGACAACGACAUUGCCGACGAAACCCAAAUGCUGCACGACAUGGCCGACAACAUGAUCGGCCGCAACGUCCCCUUCAACACGCCCUUCGGCGUCAAGGCCCAAGUCUACGCCGACUACACGGCCAGCGGCAAGUCGCUCGAGUGCAUCGAGCGCUUCAUCCAUGACCACGUCAUGCCCACCUACGGCAACACGCACACCACCACGUCCGUCACGGGGCUGCAGACCACCUCGUUCCGAGAGGAGGCGCGCCACAUCAUCGCCAACGCCGUCAACGCGCGCGCGUCCAAGGACGUCGUCAUCUUCGCCGGUCAGGGCUGCACCAGCGCCAUCAACAAGCUGGUCACGGCGCUCGGCAUCAACAAGGGCCGCCGUCGCCACCGGGCCAGCAAGCGGCCCGUGAUCUUCACGUGCCCGUUCUCACACCACUCGAACCUCCUGCCGUGGCGCGAGAGUCCGUGUGCGGACGAGGUGCAGAUCCCCGAGGCGGAGGGCGGCGGCCUCGACCUGGAGGAGCUGGAACGGCAACUUCAACGUCACCAGAACCGGCCGCUGAAGAUCGGGUCCUUCGCCGCGGCCUCCAACCUCACGGGCAUGCUCAUCGACGUGGACGAGGUGUCCAAGCUGCUGCACAAGUACGGUGCACUGGCCUGCUGGGACUACGCGACCUGCGCC